GUCAUGUGACCAGAAGCAAGGCAUGUCCUGUCACCUGACCUGAGCUCAUGUGACUGCUGUGCAUAGUUACUGUAUAUAGAAAAGUGGAGCACUGAGUGAGGAGUAUGGAGCGGGUGUGAUGGACAGCUGAAGGCUACAGACCUGGCUACUGGCCCAGUAUUAGGCGAUGCCUUCCAACAAGUCAGUGUCUGAUGCCCCCAUCACCCAGUUCAGGAACUGCAGGAUCCUCAGGGACCAUAAGCUGCAGUGGGAGGAUCUGUGGGUGCGGCAGGGGAAGAUUCUUGACCCCGAGAAGCUGUUCUUUGACGAGAAAGGGGUAGCUGAUGCCCAGGUGGACUGUCGGGGGAGGAUCAUUGCACCUGGAUUCAUUGACACCCAGAUCAAUGGAGGGUUUGGUGUGGACUUUUCCCAGGAAACAGAUGAUGUGAGAGCUGGGCUUUCUCUGGUCGCUGGUAACAUCCUGUCUCAUGGCGUCACCUCUUUCUGCCCAACCCUGGUGACCUCCCCCGCGUCUGUCUACCACAAGGUGCUGCCUCAGAUAUCUGUGACGGAUGGUGGGCCGCACGGAGCCGGAGUGUUGGGUGUCCACCUGGAGGGUCCGUACAUCAGCGCAGAGAAGAAGGGAGCCCACCCUGAGCAUUGUCUGCGCUCUUUCAGUGAGAAGGGUUUCUCCGAGCUCCUGGACACCUAUGGGACGUUGGAAGGAGUCAGCAUUGUCACACUCGCCCCUGAGAUGGGUCGGAGCCAGGAGGUGAUCACAGAACUGGUGCGGCGCGGGAUAUGUGUCUCCUUAGGGCACUCAGUGGCCAAUCUGUCUCAGGCUGAAGACGCCGUAAGCUGCGGUGCCUCGUUUAUUACGCACCUCUUCAACGCCAUGCUGCCGUUCCACCACCGCGACCCUGGCAUUGUGGGGCUACUGACGAGUGAUCGCAUCCCAGCCGGAAGGACGGUUUAUUAUGGGAUGAUUGCAGACGGAAUCCACACCAAUCCCGCCGCACUUCGGAUAGGCCAUCGUGCCCACCCCAAUGGCCUGGUGCUAGUGACAGAUGCCAUCACGGCCAUGGGCCUUGGGCCCGGGAGACACACUCUGGGUCAGCAGGAAAUACUCAUUGAUGGGUAUAACGCAUACGUGGCUGGUACUUGUACGCUGGCGGGCAGCAUAGCUACCAUGGAGACAUGUGUAAAGCACUUCCAUGAAGCCACAGGUUGUACCGUGGAAGAGGCUCUAGAAGCUGCGUCUCUUCAUCCAGCAAAAGUCCUUGGCCUACAGCACCGCAAGGGAACUCUGGAUUUCGGUUCAGAUGCAGAUUUCGUGCUGCUGGAUGACAAUCUGGAUGUGAAAGCAACCUACAUAGCAGGCCAGGGUGUAUGGAUUUCCUUGGCUGUGUCCUAAAAUGUGACAGUGUGAUGACUUAACCUGGGAUCAGCACCAUAGCACCUCCCCUGCCACUGUGCCUUAUACUAGCUGCUAUUGGUGCAUGACCUUAUAUUGGCCACAAGAUGUCGCCAGAGUGCUGGUUACACCAGUGAUGCCAAAUGCCUGGCCCUCAUUUCUCUUUAUCAAACCCAUUUACUUUCUGUAACAAGAAGGGUAUUGCGGCUAAUUCACUAGGAGCUAGUGUCGUCACAGAGUCCGUGCAAUACUUUGUGCUAGCAUUGUCCAUCGAGGGGUUAACCAUCACUGGUUUCAGUCUUGCGUGCGCAAAUUAAAGGAGCACGCACAAUACAGCAAAACAAUUGGUUACUGUAUUCACCAUCGGAAUUCCCCCAUUGUUUCUAACAACAAUGACCAUUGGGAGGAAGCCAUCGAUGGUCAGUGUGAAUCAUAGUUUGUGCAGUGAGCGGCUGAAGCAUGGCUGCCUUCUUUCUCCAUAAGUGCCAGACGCAGGCUAUUCUGAUGUUACUUCAUUAUGUUGGGUUCUCUACACUCCUUCUAUAGUGGUAGCAUUUUGCUGGGAGCUAUAUGAACAUUUGCACAUGUAUUACACAUAGGACGGGAUGUAAUUAAUUCUUUUAAAGGGGCAAUCAUGAACAAGACGUGGUUUAGCCUUGUACACGAUUGCCCCUUUAAAAAAAAAAGCAGGCUUCAUCAUAUAUCGGCUAUAGAGUUCUCCAAAGCCCAAAUGCAGUCAGUCAGCAGAUAUAUAGAGAGCUUAGAACAUUGUAUUUUGUAAAAUCAUGUAUAACACAUUAAGAAAAAUAAAAUUGUCACUAUAAAUGACA